UUCUUCUCAUUGGUGGAUCGUCUGCACAGUAGCCAAUCGCAGCUGAGCUCUUUCCAUGUGUUUACGUUUUGGCCAUCUGAUUUUCGCUCUGUGGGCAGAAUUGCCGAAAAACCUAAAUAUUUUCGGUUUGGGGCCACAAUUGCAGGCAUAUUAUUUAAAGUUUGAUGAACUGCUUACGGCGAGUUCUUUUGCCAGUUGGGAAGGCAAUUUUCUACCAAAACAACCUAAUUUUGAGUCGCAACAUCAUGUCCACUUCAAGGCUAGCCGAGAAGGCUUUGGAAAAUUUGCAAACAAAUCCGUACUUUGAUAAGUACGCCAAGAAAAUCGCCGUUCUUCAAGAAACUUCGCCUGAGGAAUUUGUCGCAAGGCUAGAAGAAACUGCUUUGGAAAAGAUGAAGAAAAAGAAGGAGGAAGAGGAAUCAAGGAAAUGCUCAACUGCAGCCAGCUCGGGUUCAAAGCUGCAAACAGACACUCUCCUGCAGUCUAAACCAAAAGUAGUUUUAUUUCAUUGGAGCAAAAUAAUUAUUUCUAACGUUCUAUUUAAUUGCAAGGCGCUGUCCGAAGUCAUGAAGACUGAACUGAUUGAAGGAAAGAGCGCGGAUGAAAUAAAAAAGAUCUGGCAACAGUACUACGGCAUAAAAGAUGCAGUAGCUGCAGUCAUACCACCAGCAAGCUUCAAAGAAAUUUUAGAAAACGGCAAGAAGCAUCCUUUGUUUUUAUUUCCUCUGCCCAGAAGUAAUGGUUACGAGUUCAUCGUUACGCAGUUUUCCGGAAACGAAAUUCACUUCACUACCCUUAUUAACUACCAGACUCACAAAGAAAACUCGCCUGAGUGCUUGACGCUGAUUCAUUACACAGACUUGAUGGAAUCAAAAGGAAUUGUCUUGAUGCGUGGCGAGUACGACAAUAAUAUUCUGAAUGCAUCGGAAGCUCAAUGUUUGGCCAACCAAGUUCAACUUUACUAUGGGCAGCCUUCCGAGAGCAAAAAGAAAUUGCUUGAGACCUUCACGAACAACCCUACGGCAUUCAGACACAUGGACCUGGUGACCGAACUGGAAAGUCUGUCCCUUGUAGGAUAAAUAGUCAGAAUAUACGUUACAAAUUAAUGAGUUAUUAUAUAAUUCAGAGGUUGAGAAAUUAAACAUGAAAAUUUACUGAA